GCUCCGCGUGGUCGAGCAGCAAGAUGGCGGACGCUCUGGACGAAUUUGAGAAAGAAGCUGGAUGCGUCCCGAUCCUCCAUCCCGAGGAAAUUAAAACCCCGAGUCACUAUAGCCAUGGCUACAGCGAGAGCGUUAGCCGCAAGAGCCACGUGGACGACUACAGCACUUGGGACAUCGUCAAAGCCACUCAGUAUGGCAUAUUCGAGCGCUGCCGUGAGCUGGUGGAUGCCGGAUAUGACGUGCGUCAGCCGGAUAAAGAAAAUGUCACACUCCUGCAUUGGGCGGCAAUUAACAACCGCAUAGACUUGGUCAAGCAUUACAUAUCUAAAGGUGCCAUAGUUGACCAGCUGGGAGGAGAUCUCAACUCUACGCCACUACACUGGGCUACAAGACAGGGCCAUCUCUCCAUGGUGGUGCAGUUAAUGAAAUAUGGUGCUGAUCCGUCUCUCAUCGAUGGGGAGGGUUGCAGUUGUGUGCAUCUGGCCGCUCAGUUUGGACACACCUCCAUUGUGGCUUACCUUAUUGCCAAGGGACAGGAUGUAGAUAUGAUGGAUCAGAAUGGCAUGACCCCUUUGAUGUGGGCGGCUUAUCGGACGCACAGUGUUGACCCGACACGGCUGUUGCUGACGUUUAAUGUGUCGGUGAAUCUGGGUGAUAAAUAUCAUAAGAACACGGCUCUGCACUGGGCGGUUCUGGCCGGAAACACCACGGUCAUCAGUCUGCUGCUGGACGCCAAUGCUAACGUCGAUGCACAGAACAUCAAGGGGGAGACGCCGCUGGAUCUGGCCAAACAGAGGAAAAAUGUGUGGAUGAUAAAUCAUUUGCAGGAGGCCAGACAGGCCAAAGGUUACGACAGCCCCUCGUACCUGAAACGACUCAAAAUGGACAAGGAGUUCAGGCAGAAGGUGAUGUUGGGAACUCCGUUCAUGGUGAUUUGGUUGGUGGGAUUUAUCGCCGAUCUGGACAUUGACUCUUGGCUCAUCAAGGGUGUGAUGUAUGCAGCGGUGUGGCUCGUCGUGCAGUUCCUUUCCAAGUCUUUCUUUGAUCACUCCAUGCAUAGCGCUCUUCCUCUGGGCAUCUAUAUGGCCACUAAGUUCUGGAUGUACAUCACCUGGUUUUAUUGGUUCUGGAACGUUCUCCCGUUUGUCACCAUCCACCUGCCGUUCCUGCUCAAUAGCCUGGCUCUCUUCUACAACUUUGGCAAGUCCUGGAAGUCUGACCCCGGCAUCAUCAAAGCAUCCGAGGAGCAGAAGAAAAAGACUAUAGUUGAGUUGGCAGAGACAGGCUCUCUGGAUCUCAGCAUAUUCUGCAGCACCUGUUUGAUACGGAAGCCCAUCAGAUCGAAACACUGCGCCGUGUGCAAUCGAUGCAUCGCCAAGUUUGAUCACCACUGCCCCUGGGUAGGCAACUGCGUAGGAAGUGGAAACCACCGUUACUUUAUGGGCUACCUAUUCUUCCUGUUGUGUAUGAUCUGUUGGAUGAUAUAUGGAUGCAUUUGCUACUGGAGUGUUCACUGUGCUACCAGCUACACUAAAGAUGGCUUUUGGAACUACAUCACGCAGAUCGCCACAUGCUCGCCGUGGAUGUUCUGGAUGUUUCUCAACAGUGUGUUUCACUUCAUGUGGGUCGCCGUGCUCAUCAUGUGCCAGCUCUACCAGAUCGCUGUUCUGGGCAUCACUACAAACGAGCGAAUGAACGCAAGAAGAUAUAAGCACUUUAAAGUUACAGCCACGUCCAUCGAGAGCCCUUUCAAUCACGGCUGUAUGAGGAACCUCAUCGAUUUCUUUGAGCUGCGCUGCUGUGGUCUGCUGCGGCCCGUGGCCAUAGACUGGACCUCUCAGUACACAAUAGAGUACGACCAGACGUCCGGCUCAGGAUACCAGCUGGUGUAGCGCGGUGAAGGAGUGAGCGAGAGGGAGAAGAGGGGAGAGGCUGCUCACCGGGACCAUCCUUCACUGAGACUGCAAACCUCACCCAGUCAGGAUACGCAUGCUGUUAUUGGUUACCGUCACCAACUCCACCCGCCCCCCCUGCCAUAGACGGCACUUUGAGACGCAGGGACGUGAGGAAGAGGAGGAGUUUAAUGGCUUCAGGGGUGUGUGCAGUACAACAAACUCUCCUCGAUUGGUCAGCAGAGACGUUUCUGGUUUCUUU